AUAAAUGACUCUGUCAUUUACUAUCAAUGGCCCGAUCAUUAUCAGGUCCACGAAUAAUUGUCUGCAUUCAUGAGCUCCAUCUGAGAGAACCUAACCUAUCAAAAUUUUAACCGGACCUCUAAUUAGCAGUACAAAUGAUAGGAUUCAGGUUCAUUAUGUGAAACGCAAUCACCGGUCGGCCAUCUACACACGAAUUGCGCCACCGCAAAUAAAGACUUAUUCCUAGGUGCGACGACGACUAAGUUGUCGCGCUCUAGAAACACAGAACAGAUGAUUCUGAUUGUUUGUCAUACAAAGGCUCCUAGCUAGUGUUUAUAAGCAGAAACCAAGGGAUUGUCCAGGAAAUUGACGUUUAGCACCUAAAUCCGGUAGUUGUUCAGGCUUUAUUUAUUCGAGCUGUCUGAAUAUGUGAUCAAUGGGUCGAGUUCAGUUGUAAAAAUAAUAGUGUUCUAUUAUUGACACAAUCCAGGGACUGUUCACAGUCAAUCAUCAUUUUCUUCCUUUCAUAUUUUGGUUGGAAUAUCCUGAUUGAAUAUUCCUAUGGACUUCAUCCAUAUGCAGAACUCUUUUUCAUAAUUGAGAGUUCGUCAGGAAGGUCAUAGUUCGCUUACCAAUCCUGCCAAUUCGAAAGAAAAACACGCGAAGAUGAUGAACGAGGAGGAUAGGCAGAUACGCUUGGCAGCUGAAAAUAUGUUGGGUGGUUCGGUCCAGUCGUACAGGAGUUCAUACACCCAUCGGAGUUACAGUAGUAUCAACAGGGAUUAUGUCGUCAGUGAGGAUUUGAUAGCUGGGAGUCGUCACAAUGGCAGAAUGUCCCCUGUCAGGAGAUUUUUCUGCCUACUCGUCACCUUCGAUCUACUCUUUACCUGUCUCAUGUGGCUAAUAUGCACAACAAUAGCGGGGGAGAACAUCACCACAGCAUUCGUCCAGCAGGUGCUCCACUAUCACAUACAGUCAUCGUUAUUCGACAUUGUCUUCUUGGCAGCCUGUAGAUUCAUCAUUCUUCUCCUAUUUUACGGUCUGCUGCAGAUAAGCCACUGGUGGAGUAUCGCCCUCACCACUGCCACUACCAGUGCCUUCCUGGGAGCCAAGGUCUAUCUCUUCAAUUGGAGUGGUGUCACUCAACCAGGAUUCCAAGCCCUUUUGAUAAUAACAUCGUUCGUCCUCGCUUGGGGAGAGACGUGGUUCUUCGAUAGCCGUGUUGUACCUCAAGAGACACAAGCCAGAGAAUGCAUCUUGAAUGCUGUUGACUCUGAACGGGCCCCAUUGCUGAGGCACGGAUCCGAUGGGCCUCCGAGCCGAAUGGCCGAGAGUGUUGGUAAUUUUUUUACACCCAUAGAUUCGCCGACGCACUCAGAUGACGAGGAACCAAGGGCUUUCAGGAAACGAGACGUUAGGAGUGAAGAGGAUUUUUUCAGUCAAUUUCCUCCUGAACUUUCCUUAACACCAGAGCAGAUUAAUGAAUACAAGACAACAGCCGCUCCACUAUUGGAGCGCGCGCUUCACUUGGCGAUAUCCGAUCACUGGACGAUGAUAACAACGACCCCAGAGGGGGAUGUACUAUCUUCAAUGAACUGCAGCUAUGGAAAAGUAAGGCGUAUACAGGGACUAGUCAAUGCCUCUGCCUACCAGCUCGAGAAAAUUCUCUUCGAGGAGAUUGAGGAUCUGCCAUUGUGGAACGAGCAGGUGUCGAGCGUCAAAAAAAUUCAGAGAAUCGAUCAGGACACCGAUAUUAUUUAUCAGUCAACAAAGAGCUUCGGGGGAGGCCUGGUUGGUGCUAGAGAUUUUUUCACACUUCGUCAUCGGGGCGAGUAUGAGGAUUACGUGAUCUGUGGUGGAGUGCCCGCUAAUUCCGACUUUCCCCAUCGGAAAAAUUAUAUCAGGGGAGCGAAUUGUAUAGUCGGUUGGGUAGCCCAAAAAUUACCGGAAGCUACCGACGAGAAUAGAUGUAAGUUCACGUGGAUAUUGAGCAUAGACCUGAAGGGGUGGCUGCCACAACCAGUUAUAGACAGGGCCAUUAACGCCACAAUGACGAAUUUCAUGAGUGCGUUGAGAACUCGUGUGGAAGAAUUGUCCUCCACAUUCUGUUGAUCUCCAGAUCCACCCUAGGAGUGACAGGGUGAAUACUCGAUUGUCUCUUUUAUUUUGUGAUUCUCCUGUAUUAGAUUCCAUGUCCAGUAAAGCUCUGAGGCUUCCGCCCUGGAUCAGGGAAGUGGCAAAUGUUUUAUGUUCCAUGAAAAGAUCAUGAAAAAUAUGAGUGAAUUCUAGGUAAGAGCGACUCGUAGAAUAGUCAACGCGAAUUUAUACGUAAGAAACCGAAUGUCUGGGUGAGACUGUGCAGUGUCCAUUUACUGGAUCAUAUGGUUCCGGAUGCCUGUGCACUGCGAAUCCAUUACGACUCUCUUUAUACACGAUUUUAUUGCAUAAAGUGCUGUUGUGCAUUUUUUUCCAUGGAAACUACUAUUUGUGAUUUAUUUCCAGUGUACAAAAAUAAAUUUGAAAUAUUUAUAUAA